GGCGGCGCUUCCCCUCACGCCCGUCGCAGCCAUGGCGGCUGCGGCGGCGGCCCCCGGCGGGAUGGUGGCGGUGCUGCCGGGGCUCUACGUGGGCGGCGCGGAGUCGUGCUCGUGCCCCGAGGCGCUGUCGGCGGCGGGGGUGGUGGCGGUGCUGACGGUGGACGCGGAGGAGCCGCCGGCCGUGCCGGGAGUGCGGGCCAUGCACGUCAGGGCGCGGGACGAGCCCGGCGCGGACCUGCUGAGCCGGCUGGACGAAUGCGCCGCGUUCCUGGGCGCGGCGCGGGCGGGCGGCGGGGCCGCGCUCGUCCGCUGCCAUGCCGGCGUGAGCCGCAGCGUGGCCGUGGUCGCCGCCUACCUGAUGAAGACGCAGGGGCUCGGCUGGGAGGAGGCGCUCGCCGCCGUCAGGGCCGCCAAGCCGGACGCCGAGGUGAACCCGGGUUUCCAGGGGCAGCUGAAGCUGUACGAGGCCAUGGGCUGCGCCGUGGACAGCAGCAGCGUCCUCUACAAGCGGUACCGGCUGGAGAUGCUCAGCGAGAGGCUCUCCGAACCUCAAGACUUGCCCCGAGAAGUCUUUGCUGUUGAUCCAACCAGUAUAUGUCAAACUCCAAACACAGAAGUUCUCUACAGGUGCAGGAAAUGCAGACGUGCUCUGUUCCGUAGUUCCAGCAUUUUGUCCCACACGGAGGGAAGCGGACCAGCAGCCUUUGCCCACAAGAGGAUAACAGACUCUGCACGGCUUUGUGGCAAUGGCCAUGAAAAGUGCACCUCUUACUUCAUUGAACCUGUGCAGUGGAUGGAGCCAGCAUUGCUUGGAGUAAUGGAAGGACAGCUUCUGUGUCCCAAAUGCACAUCGAAGCUGGGCUCCUUCAGCUGGAGGGGUGAGCAGUGUUCCUGUGGCCGCUGGGUGACACCAGCCUUCCAGAUCCACAAAAGCCGAGUGGAUGAAGUGAGGACGCUGCCAGUUGGUAACUUCCAAACUGCCAAAACCUGAACUCAUCACUUCACUUGAUGGAUUUCUUAAUAUCCACAGAGAACUACUGGCUAAUCUGUGGUUGCCAGGAAUGAGCUUGUGACUUCUACCUCUUUGUGAGGUGGUAGAAUUAAACACCUUCAGCUUGCUGUAUCUCUUAAUAUAUUACAUAAAAUGUCAGAACACUUUCUUCAAA